AACAAUAACAAACCAACACUAAGUAAAACUAAAAAAAGAGAGAGAAAAAUGCAAAUGCGAACUGCUAAACUGCAACGUUCGCGCCCGCCUUCGCCUUAGUUUACUGCUCCAAAGUUAGGUUUCUGUCCUGUGUUUUGUAAUGUGAACUAAUGUACUUUCGUGGUUUAUGUAUUGACUAGUGUGGUAUGCAACUCAGUCAAGAAUAAUGUCUCAAAUGAAAAUUAUUCUGAACACCACAGAUGGCAAUACUGUCUCUGUUGAUGUGCGUCCUGAAGAAACAUAUCGCAUGCUUAGAGAGCGCAUACAUGUUGAAUCAGGCAUCGAACUUGAAAUUUCUCAGAUGUUCUUUGAUGGCAAACAAGUUGUGGAGGAUCAGAAUGUCUACGAAUCUUUUCUUGGAGUUCAAUCAGAAGAUGAUGUUCAACAAAAGCCAAACAUUGUGUGUGUUGUAGAAGGGUGUUCUACUUCUAAACUAACUGAUCCAAAAAAAGAAAUUUUUAAAUUUCCUCUAGAAAGUGAUAGGUAUUCCACUUGGCUUCUGGCUUGUAAUAGACAUGAUCUACUGGGGCGCAUUCCAGUUUCAUUAAAUCUGGAGUGUGGUGUGUGUGCUGAUCACUUCCCAGACUCAUCCUUCAUUAAUGGAAGCUCUAGGAAACGUCUACGGAAAAAUGCAGUUCCUGUCAUAGAAGAUCAUCACAACAAUUUCAGUAUCUUAGCUCAGGAAAUGAUGUUGCCUGAAGUCAAAUUGGAAAAUGUUACUCUGAACAAUUGCAAUGAAUCAAAUGGAACAACAGGGUAUGAGAUUCAAGAUACAGAGGACUCCUUACCUUUAGCAUCAUGUGCAGCAGAUCUUGAAGAAGAGCAUGUCUUGAGAAAAGAUGAAACAACAUCAGAAAACGCUUCCACUCAAGAUGAGGUUGAUGAAGAAGAUUUACAAGAGGAUGAACUAGAGGAGCUUGAAGAAGAGGAUGAUGAGGACGAAGAAGCUGAUGUUGAAGAGGAUGGCACUGACAUAUUAAGUAAGACAAUUUCACUUGAAGAGCACCCUGGUCUCAUGUGCAGACUUUGUGCUCAGCCUGUGGAUACUGCUCAUUUCAUUUUCUCAGAGGAAGGUAAAGGAGAGAAGCUUCCUGAUAAAAUCAAUUCUACCCUGCCAAUUAGUAUACAUUGUAAUGAUCUUCUACCCAAGCAAAUAUGUGCUGAAUGUCUUUCAACCUUAAACAUUUGCUAUGCUUUUGCCAUGGCAUCAGUUAAAGCAGAAGAAAUUUUAUUAAAAAUGGUACCGAGGUUCAGGUGCAAGGAAGAUUUUCCAAGUGGGGUAGCAAAUAUAUUAGAUUCAAAAAGUAGUUCUGAAAACUUACAAGUUAAUGUGGACAAGGAAGAAGGUCAUGAAUCUCAGUGCUACAACUGCCCUCUUUGCUGUGGAGGCAACAUGGAAUCUCGAGAUGAUGUCAACAUUGAAGAAAUUGAAGGGAGGCAAGCCAAAGACGAUGAGGACAUAGUGCAAGAUUUCCUGGCUGACAGUGUGCUGUGGGAAGAAGAUGAAGACUUCCUGGUGUCUGAUCAAAAUUACACAGAAGAGGCUGAAGACUUGAAUGAAAGUGAGAUCAGUGAUGAAUGCUAUUCCUGUUUUCUCUGUGGUGCAAACUUUAUUUGUCAAGCUCAUUUAUUUCAACAUAGUGAAUGCCAUCAAGUAAGUGAGUGCUUCCCUUGUGGUCAUUGUGGCCUUGUCUUUAACUCAAAAGAUACCCUUACUAUUCAUUUAGAUUUGAUUUUAAACUCAAAUAGUGAAGAACAAUACAGAUGUGGUGAUUGUGGAAAAUUGUUCGCCUCAGAGCCAAGAGCAGAAUUUCAUCAUGAAAUUGCCCAUAAUAUCAAUGGGUUUUCAUCUCUUUCUUGUUCGGAAUGUGGACAAAUCUUUAGGCAAGAAACUAAUUUAUGGGAUCACAUUCAAAUUGUCCACAAAGGUCAGAAACCAUUUUCGUGUCCCAAAUGUGAAAAAGUUUUCCAAAUAAGAUCCCAAGUUGUGACUCACAUGCGUGUCCAUGAUGUUAAAGGCUCAUUUCAAUGUGAAACUUGUUCUGAGACUUUUCCUGACAGAUCUAGUUUGUCUAUUCAUGAAGCUGCUCAUGCAGAUCUAAAGAUGUUCCAGUGUGAACAAUGUGGCCGUUGCUUUACAAGAAAGUUCCUUCUUACAGCCCAUAUGAGGACUCAUGUUGACAAAAAGCCUCGGGUGUACACAUGUCGAGUAUGUGGGGAGGAUGGAUUUGAUUCUUUACCGAAGCUCUUGGUUCACCGCCGCAACAACCACCAAGAUGUCAUGUUGCCACUUGGAUCAAAGAAAGACAAAGUUCACAAAUGUGAACAGUGUAAUAAAGCAUUCACUGGUCGUGUUGCUCUCAAGCACCAUGCAAUGAGCCAUGCAGGUGAACUGCCUCAUGUUUGUGAAUUUUGCAACAAAGGCUUUACUCAAAAGCGAUCGCUUAUUCUUCAUCGCCGCAUUCACACUGGGGAAAAACCAUAUGAAUGUGGGGAGUGUGGCAAACGCUUUGUUCAAAGUGCUCACCUUUAUUCUCAUCUCCGUCUCCAUACUGGGGAAAAACCUUACCCAUGCUCUGAGUGUGGUGCCACUUUCCGAUUGAAAGAUGUCAGAGACUCUCAUCAAAGAAAACAUACGGGAGAAAGACCAUUCAAAUGCAAAGAUUGUGACAAAUCUUUCCGGACUUCACAUUCUUACUAUCAACAUACAUGGAUACAUACUGGUCGUAAACCAUAUCCAUGCAAUUAUUGUGGGAAAGCUUUCAGGCGUUCUAAUGGUCUUAAAGUUCAUAUCCGAAUUCAUACUGGUGAGAAGCCACAUAAAUGUGAUAUUUGCGGAAGGGGCUUUGCACAAAAGCAGGAUAUGAAGAAACAUAAAAAUCUUCAUACUUUAGGAAGGCUGUAGCCUUGUUCCUAUUGUUGUUAGUUAAAAUAUUUAUUACCAUGUAGCCACUUGAUUCAUAGAUGUAAAAACCAAUCAGAGUCUGAAUUGUUGGAAGUUUUGGCAUUAUUUUAUUGCAAUAAUGUUCACAUGAAUUUUGGGGUGCCAGAAAAUGUCUCCUUUCAUGAAAGUUAAGUGCCUUAAAAAGGUAAAAAUGAAGUUGUGUGUAUACCCCUGUAAUUGUGCUUGGUGUGUUGCUUGUUUUCUAAAACAAUCAAAAAAUUGUCUCAUGCUAAUAUUCAAUUAAACUGUAUGUAGUAAUGCGAACAAAACAGUAUCUUGGUCACCUUUAAUGUAAAUUAUGAAUAAAUUGAUUCACUUGUAAUAUACCUUAAA